AUGCCGUCUGAAAAUUUGAAUCAAGUAUUUUUAGAAUUGUUUCAAUUGUCCGAGGCAUAUGUCGCUCCAAUAGAGACAAUAGUCACUUUAUUUACAAUAAAAUAUUGUGAUUCUGAUAUAAAAAUUAAAUUUAUAAAAGGCAAUAGCGAUCAAUCGCGAAAGGAAAAAUUUUACAAUCUCGAUAUUUCAAGUUUUCGCUAUGAGAUUUUAGAAGAGAAUUCUCCUAUUCAAGACACUAGGAAUUCUUGUGCAUUGCCACAUAUUGUUGUCAAUGAAUUUAGUUGUAUUGCUGGACUUUGCGCAACUUUACGACAAAUAGUAAAAGGAUCAUUAAAAAAAAAUGCUGAAAACCAAUGUUUGUUGGGCUUUAAAAAAUCAUGUUUACUCGCCUGUUCAGAAACAAGUGUAUGGACAAAAUUUUGUGAAGUUGAUAUUAUUUCAACUCUUAAAUUUUUUGAUAUCAAUGACGAAUUACCAAUAACUUUAGCGAGAUUUGAAUGUCAUAUGUCGCAACCAGUGCGUUUACAUAAUAUCUAUAAGUACAUAAAUAAAAAUGAAAAAAAAAUUCCUGAACACAUUUACGCUGAGGGUUCAACAAUUUCAUUGGCAGAUAUUAUAAUAUUUGUAUGUAUUUAUAUUUUCUUUGAUAAUAUGAAUAUUAUGAGAAUAUGGAAUGAGGGAAUUAUUAAACUUUUACCACUUACUUACAAGUGGUAUAUGAGAAUGAUUCAAGGCGAGAGGAUUUUUGAAUGUUUGACAAUUUUAUCAUUAGAGGAGGAUAAUGAGAAGGUGAUAAAAAGUGAUAUUACUAGGAAUUAUACUCUUCCUGUUGUUCAAAAUCAAAGUCUAUAUAAAAGUGAUCCAAAGAGAUAUAAGCCGAGAAAUCGGAUAUUUACGAGGCAGGAGGAUAUAGAUAAUUCAUUGGGAAUAAUAAGAAAUGCAAAUGUAAAUACAUCAUUGACGGGUGUUAUUUAUGCUGGGGAAAAUAAUUUUGAUUGGUCAUUGAUACCAUUUGACGCAACUCCCGAGGGUGGAGCGUUGCCUAUUAGUCGAUUGAAGAGAAAAUUCGAGCAAUUAGAAAAUCUUUGUAAACCUGUUAUCAGUAUCGCAAAAGAUAAUGAUAUUAUUGUUGAUUUUUGCUCAGGAGGUGGACAUUUAGGGAUAAUUAUUGCUUAUUUAUUGCCACGGUGCAAAGUGAUUUUAUUAGAAAAUAAGGAAGAAUCGUUGAAUAAAGCCAAAGAGAGAGUGAAAAAAUUGAAGUUAACAAAUGUCAAAUUCUAUCAAUGUAAUUUAGAUUAUUUUAAGGGUAAUUUCAACAUUGGAACUUCAUUACACGCUUGCGGUGUAGCAACAGAUUUAGUUAUUCAACAUUGCAUUCGAAAAAAUGCAGCAUUUAUUUGUUGUCCCUGUUGUUAUGGUUCGGUUCACGAUUGUCAUCACAUCACUUAUCCAAGAAGUGAUUUUUUUAAAAGUUUAAUUGAUAAUCGUAGUUAUAUGGUUCUUGGUCAUGCAGCGGAUCAAACACACGAUGUCAAUAAUGUCAAAACAAAACAGGGUUACGAAUGUAUGGAAAUAAUUGACACCGAUCGCAGGCUUCAAGCUGAACAAUUUGGCUAUGAGGUUCAUUUAGGAAAACUUGUACCGGAAUCAUGUACACCAAAAAAUCAUUUAUUAGUUGGUAUUCCAAGCUCGACAAUUUUAUAGGUAAUAUUGAUUUAUUUUAAAAUUUUUGAUAGAAAUUUUUUCCUCCAGGUGUUUUUUUUUUUAAUAUGAUAAUAAUCUCUGUCAAUUUUAAUUUGACGUCAUUUAAUCAUGUAAAUUAACGAUUUUAUCGACAAUUAGUUCUUUUUUUUUCAUCGCGACAAUCUCUUAAUGAAUUAAUAACGCGGAGGAAAUGAUAAAUUUUUUAUUAACAUUUAAUUUCCAUUUUUUCUAAUACAUACCUUUUUAUGUGUUCAAUUUUUUUUUUAUUCAUUGUUUUAGUGAUAAAUUAAAAUUCUUGAAAAAUAGAUAAUUAAAAAAAUUCCACUAUAUAGAAUAAUUGAAACUCGAAAAAAGCAUUUAUGUAAAUGUAAAAAAAAAGUAAUACAUUUCUAUCCUCCGAAAUUCGUUUCAUUAUUAUAAUAUAAUAUUUAAUUUUUGUUUGUUAAAAAUUGAGUUUGUUUUAAGAAACGAUUUUCGUAGAGAUAGAAAAAGGGAACUUUUUGAAUCAUCGAUUUAUGCUUCGUAAAGCGUGUAUACAUCGAUAGAUUUAUUUAAAUUAAAUUUUUUCCUUUUUUUUAAUAUUAAACAUGACAAAUACACACUUACAGGUGAAUCACGAGAUUUAAUAUAUUUUGUAUACAUUUAUCUACUAAUAGUAAUAAUAAUAAUAAUAAUAAUUAUAAUAUUAAUAAUAAUAUUAAUAAUAAUAAUAAUGUCAUAAAAUACUAUUAUCAACUAAUCAGUUCUGUCUUGUAAAUAUACUUGCACAUUAGUAGUGGUUAAGUGGUUUCCAUGAAACAAGAAAGGGGGAGUUAUAAUUACAAAUAUUAUUUGAGAGCGAACUGAGAAAACCGGGUUCGCAAAAUAUUAUAUUGUCAUACAAAAACUCUGUACACUCGGUUGCAAAUUUGCAAUCUGAAAUGUAAUAUAGCAGACUUGAUAAAAGCCCUUGGUGUUCUAAGAUGUUCUUUUCUGAAUGAAAAGCGAUUUUAAUGUGAUAAAAAAAUUAAUGUAUUUCACCUAUGACACUUUCCACGCAAAUUAUUAACAUAAUUUUAAAAAAAAAUUCAAGAUUUCAAAAGAAAAAAAAAUUGUUAUAAAAAUAUUUAUCAAUUUUUUUUUCUUAAAAUAUAUAUAUAUAUAUUUAUUUAAUUUCCCUUUUUAUGAAAAUAAUUUUUUUGUUUCAUAAAAAAAAGAUCUGUUUGUAUUAACAAUAAAAAAUAAAUUCAUUGAAAUCUUGAAAAAUUUCAAGGAUAUUAACAAUUUGACAGAGGUGGAGACAGGUGAAUUACAUUAAUCAAAAAUGAUUUUUAAUUGGAACAGCCGAUUUGUAGCAUUGUUCUAAGUAUAAAAAGUACAAAGUUCGUUAUCGCGUGCACCUUUAAUGUUUUUUUUUCUGUUUAUUUUUUUUUAAAUGCAGACAAAUACACGCUGAACAACAAUCGACAUUCAAUUCUUUAUAUUUUUUUUUCAUAAUAAUGACUCGAAGGAUAACAAUUAAUAAAAAUAAUUUAUUUGUUCUUAUAAUUGAUAUUAAAAUUAUUAAAUAAUAUUAAAUGAAUUAUUGACAAUUUUUAAUAAGAAUAAUAAUAGCCAAAAAAUAUUUUUAUCAUUAUUUUAAUUAAAAAGAAGGAAUUAUUUUUAAAAAUUGUUAUCACAAAAAAAUAAUCGUUUAAUUGAAAAAGGAUUGAAAAAAAAGAUAAAAUUAAAUUCAGCCAAAGGAAACGAGGAUGCGAAUUAAAAAGAGCCUCAAGCACAAAAAAGCGAACAUUGAGGCGAUGAAAUAUUCUUUCGCUUUUUUCUUUGUUUUGUUUAUUUCGUCGUUCAAACAUAUUGAAGUUUUUGACACGUGAAUUUUGGUCGAUUAACAAAAAUUCACUAGUAAACAGAGAAACAGUAACUUAGAUAAAAAAAAAAAUUCUUUUUUACAUGAUGCCAUGUCUGCUAUCGAAAAAUUGACGCUUUAUUUACACCGUAAUAAAAUUAAGAUUAGCAAAAAUGGUGCAUUGUUUCACUUGUGAAUCGACAAAUUUCAAUCGCAUCUGGAGAUCAUCGACAAUAAUAAUCGCAAGCCAAACUCUUAAUUCUUAAAAACCUAGCGCAAUAUAUAUUUCCUUUUUUUUCUGAUAUUUGUAAUACAUAUUGUAGGUGUACUGCCUUAAACGAAAAAUAGGAGGAGGGAGGGGAAACUUUUAAGUCUCUUUAAAUAAAAUCUAACUGAAUUUUUUUUUCACGGAAGACCUGCGUUCAAGAAUAAAUCAAUUAUCUCAAACGUCAAUGUCAAUUAAAACAAUGAAUACUUCAAUUUGCAAAAAUUUGAAAUUCAAUUUAAAUUUAAAAUCCUAAUUAAAAUUUUUUUUUAUAAUUUUCGAUAUAUCACUCGGUUUGUUAAAUUUGUCUAAAAACUUUCAAUAAUUAAAAUAUACUAAUAUCACUAAAAUAAACUUUAAAAAUUAGAUAUCCUUAAAUAAUGAAAAAAAAACAUCAAAAGAAUAUUUUUCUUUACAUUGCAAGUAUAAUGUUUAUAAAAUAAUUGUUGAAACUUAAAUUUCAAUUUAAAUAAAAAUAAAAGAUAGUACAAACUGAAAAAAAUUCUAGUAGAAAUAAAAAUUUUCCUUUAAAAAUAUAAUUAAAUAAAAAUAAAAUAAGAGACACAACUGUUUUUAGAUUUUAGUAUCUCUUUAAAAGAAAUAAAAAUUUUAGCCUAAAAGAAUCACCGAGAAAUAACAAUAAAAACGUCCAUUUUUCUAAAAUUUGUUAAAUAGUAAAGAGACAGGGAAUAUCUAGAUAGAUAAUUUACGCCUAAAUAUGUUGGCAUUUAAACCUAACGCGAAGAAUAUGAAAAUCUUCCCAUCGUAAUUAACAUCUUCAUCAUCAUCGACAGAUUUUUCCUGACUCCAACUUUUUUUUUUUUCUCUUAACAAAUCCAAUUAUUUAGAUUUUACUACUAUAAAUAUUCCUUUUUCGAUUUCAAGGCAUAAAUAACCACAGAAAAAAAAUCUGAAUUAAUUUUUCUUCUACACGUGAAUCAUCAUUAUUAUUACAUUUCGAUUUAGCAAUACAGUUCCAUUUGUAAAUCCCAUUUUUUUUUCUCAUAGAAAAUUCAUUGACAGAAAAAAAGAAAAGUUUCCUAAAAUAAAAAAAAAGAAAGAAAGCAUAAACAAUUUUUUUCACUGUGAGAAAAAAAUGAUUCGUGGAUCAAUGAAUGGAAUAAUUUGCCGGUCGAAUAUGAAAAGAUUAACGUGCCAGUCACAACACAACAAGCACAGUGCUUUCUAUCCAAGUAUUUAUAUUCAUAACCGUCACAGCUUAAGUUAAGGAGCUUCCAAACAGGGCAUUUCUUCGAAUAAAAUUCAUGGCGAUGGUAUAUUAAAAAAUUCGAUGUCAAUAUAUUUCAUCCUGCUAUCUUUAUUUCGAGUAUAUUGCCAAAAGAAUGAAUUCAAUUAAACAAACAAUUUAUAAUAAAUUAAAUCGAUGCAUUAAUUGAAAACUUCAAAUUUAUAUUGAAACUCUGAAAAAAAAUUCAAUUUAGAAAAAAAAUUUAUCCUAAACCCUUUAAAGAAAAAAAAAACCAUGACUUUAAAGGAUGCGGUUAAUUUUCCAUUAUACAAACAAAACUAACUAGAAAAAGAAAAUAAAGUAAAGGGCAAGUAGAUUGCACAACUAUACGAAAGGAAAAAAAAACAAAUCGCUGCAACAAUUCCCCCAAAAAAAAGAAAACAUUGCGCUUUUAUCAAACGGGUAUUUUUUUUAACGCUCUAGGCGUUUAAAAUCCUUUUUCUUUUUAUAUAAGUACCACUAUAUGGUAACUCUUAUAGUCUAAAACGAGUUUUUUUUCUUCUCCAAAGCAAAAGCUUCAGAAUUUAAAAAGACGCCAAGUUGUGUAAUUUUUUCAAAAAUCUAUUACGAUUUUUUCAUGAUCUUUUUUUUUCUCGAAAAAAAAAAAUGUUCGCACGCAACAGCAGCGUCCAGUUCAGAAGCUCGUUAAUUUAAUACUCUAUACAGAACUGGAUGAAAAGUUCGUUUUUAUAUUCGCAAACUUUUUUUUUUUUUUUUUUUUGUUUCUUUUUUUUUUAUGAAAUGGAU